AUGGCGACGACCGGGCUGAGCGCAAGGUACUACCUCGAGAUCAUUCUCGAGGAGUACGGCUACACCUUCGCGAACCCGCCGCCAAAGGAAAUCAUAAGCAGCAUCACAGCACAGUACGCCGAAUGGAUGCCCGUUUUCUGCUAUGAGGAACCGCGUAGCGUGUACUGCGAGGGGGUGCAGUCGUUCUACAUGUACCGCAUCGCUCUUGUCCCGAACGUCCUCUUUGUCACCCUCUUUGCCCUGUCGCUCACCGCCUUCGUGGCCACCUACGCCGUCACCCGCCGCGGCCUGGCGUUCAACAUCGCCAUGGGCCUGGGCGUCACAACCGAGAUCGUCGGGUACGUUGGGAGGAUCAUGAGCUAUAACAACCAGUGGGAGGAGGCCGGCUUCAUGAUCCAGGUCUGCACUCUCACCAUCGCCCCGGCGUUCCUGGCUGCCGGUAUCUACCUCUGCCUACGCCGGAUCGUGACGGCGUUUGGACCAGAUAACUCGAGAAUCCCACCGGAGUGGUAUACCAGAAUCUUCAUCCCCUGCGACCUGGUCUCCCUGGUUCUCCAGGCCGUCGGCGGUGCUCUCGCCUCCGUCGCCAACCACCGCCGCGAGCCGACGCGCACCGGCGAAAACGUCAUGAUCGCCGGCCUCGCCUUCCAAGUCCUCACCAUGCUCCUCUUCAUGAUCGUCGCCGCCGACUUCGCUCUGCGCACCUAUCUCCGCGCUCGCCACGCUCACCUGCCCAACCUCUCCGUCGCCCUCGACAACCACCUGGCCAUGGUGCGCCUGCGCGCGUCUCGCCGCUUCAAGGCCUUUCUCGCCGCCCUCGCCAUCGCCACCGGCUGCAUCUUCUUCCGCUGCGUCUUCCGCGUCAUCGAGCUGAGCGGCGGCUGGACGGGGUCCCUGAUGGCGCGCCAGGACCUCUUCGUCGCCUUUGAGGGCGUCAUGGUCGCCGCCGCCGUGCUGUCGCUCAACUCCUUCCAUCCGGCACUCUGCAGCAAGGAGCUACUCGAGCCGCCGGCGCGCAAGGCGCCUGUCGAGAGACCACCCAGAGCGGAGCCGGGCCCCAAGUUGGUGAACUUGAUCCUUGACGACGACGAGAUCCAACCGCCCCGCCGAUAG